AUGACCGAUACUACGAGCGCGCGGCCCAUCGCGCGGCUGGCAGCAUCGACGACCGGCGCCUCCCGCAACGUGCUCAUCAUCGACGGACAGUACGCUUCGAUCGGCGCCCGAGGCCUCGCCGGCGGCAAGAUCGACUUUAAGCUCCUGCGAAGCGAGCUCGAGGCCUUGGUCGGCGCCGAGUUCAGCGAGUGCUGGUACUUUGACCACGAGCCGAUUAGCUCCAAGAGCGCGUACCAGAGCCAGAAUCCGUUCAUCUCGGCGCUCAAGCUCGCACCGCCUCUCGGCCCGCAGUUUCAAGUCAAAAUGUACGCAAUGAAAAAGUACAAGUGCCACUGCCCGAGCUGCGGCCACAACUUCACGCAGCACGUGCAGAAGGGCGUUGACAACGGGCUUGCGACCAAGAUGCUCUCGCUGGCCUACGAAGACAUGGCCGACCGUAUCGUUCUCUUUGCAGGGGAUGGGGACUUUUAUGACACCCUCGACUUGGUCAAGAACGUUCGCCGAAAAGACCUCUGGGUCGUCGGGUACCGCGACUCAGUCUCGGCCGACCUCCAGCAGCUCGCAUCCAAGGUUGUCUGGAUGGAAAGUCUCCCGAACAUCACGCUCGCCGCAGCAGCCCCGACGGCACGCCGCGGCGCACCAUCACCCCGUGGCGCCCCGGUGCCUCCGGUGACGCCCCACACCGUGCACGUUGGGAAGCUACCAGGUGCCACGACCGAAGCCAUCUUGCUGGAGGCGUUCGAGUACUGCGGCCCGAUGCUUUCGAUGCGGCUGCAUGCUGACCGCGGGUUUUGCUUUAUCGAUUUUCCGACCACGGAUGCCGCCGACCUUGCGAAACAACGCGCGUCCGAGACGGCCGAAGCGUCGCGCGCCGUGGCCAAGCGCCCGCAUCCGGUCGAGCCCUCGGCUCUUCAACGCAAAAAGCAAAAGAAGAAAGCGACGAAAACAAUGACCAGCCGCGUCAGCGUGCACGGCCUCGUGCCCGGAACCACGGAGCGCGACGUGCGUGCGCUCUUCGGCCCAUUUGGCGCGAUCGACGACGUGCAGCUAGAAAGCGGUCAGUCUCCAGCGCGGUCGUGCUACAUUACGUUUCAAGACGAAGCCAGCGUGGCCAUGGCCAAGGUCCUCAACGGGUCGCGCCGCCACGACCUCGUGCUCCGCGUCGAGACCGCCAAGCUUCCAAAAGCCCCGUCGCGCGCGAGGCAAAAGACAGGGGCUAUUCACGAGACACCAGACCACAUUGUCGACUUGGUUGAUACAGUCGGCGACGAUCCAUCCGCGCCGUCUCAUGCGCCGCCAUCGAGAAGUGGGUGGAACACACUGAACCACGAAGUCAUAAACCUCUGCGUCUCGGACGACGACGACGCUGACGACCAAGACACGGACGACGACAGCGAUUUUUAGCUAGGCC